AUGGCCUUUGAAGAGAUUAGUACUUCGAACAUAACACAGACAUUAUCAAAUUUGUUCGAAGAAGUGUUACUAGCGACCGACGAAUCUAGUGAAAACAAGAGUGUUGAUGUGUCGAAAUUUUUAACCGUUUUAAAAGAGAAAUCGACUAAAAAUAACCAUGAUACGAUAGAUUUUGGAACAUUGGUCAAGUUGGUGGAUGGCUGGCGAUCUAAGCUGAAUUUGACUAAGCCUACGGAAGCGACGUGCAAUUAUUGUGAUGGGGACAUCCGAGAUGUAAUACUGGCGUACAACAGCAUACAUGGAUAUGUCAGCUUAAUAGUAUGUCUGUUCGGCAGCUUGGCAAAUGCUUUGAACGUAGCGGUGUUAACUCGACGAGACCUGGCAGCAGCACCCAUCAACCGCUUAUUGAAAUGGCUGGCGGUAGCUGAUGUAUUUGUGAUGAUGGAGUACGUGCCAUUCGCUAUUUAUAGAUAUCUGGUAAGUAUAGCUAAUAAA